AUGAAGGUAAAAGUUCUCUCACGCUCCGUUGAAGAAUACACACGCGAUCGAUCUACGGAUCUUCACAAAGUAAAAAGGAACUUCAAUCCCGCCUUACACCCGUUCGAGAAAGCGCGAGAAUACACCCGUGCACUGAAUGCCGUGAAACUUGAACGGCUUUUUGCGAAACCUUUUAUCGGGGCGUUGAGUGGACAUGCGGACGGUGUUUACUGUUUGGCGAAGCACCCACAUAAGUUGUCGACUGUCCUGUCAGGGAGUGGUGACGGAGAAAUUCGAUUAUGGGAUUUAUCAGCGCGAGAAACUCGCUGGAAAAUCAAUGCACAUAAAGGCAUUGUGAAAGGCGUGUGCUGCAGUCCUAGAGGUGACAGUUAUCUAUCAUGUGGAAUAGAUAAAACAGUAAAAUUAUGGAAACCUAAUGAAUCGUAUGAUGAGCCUAUAAACACGUAUCUUGGAAAAUACGCGUUUAAUGCUAUUGAUCAUCAUCGAUCUGAAACAAUAUUUGCUACUUCUGGAUCACAAAUUGAUGUUUGGCGUGAAGAAAGGUCGGAUCCUAUAAAGACCAUAAAAUGGGGCGAGGACACAAUCAACACCGUAAAAUUUAACCAAACAGAAGUUAAUGUACUUGCUAGUUGCGGGACUGAUAGGUCAAUUAUUAUGUAUGAUCUGAGAACUAGUUCACCGUUGGCUAAAUUAGUUUUGCAGUUAAAAACGAAUGCUAUCGCGUGGAAUCCUAUGGAGGCUUUCAAUUUCGCGGCUGCGAAUGAAGACCAAAAUUGCUACAUAUACGACAUGCGAAAAAUGAAUAUCGCCAUGAACGUGUUAAAAGAUCAUGUUGGCGCAUUACUAGACGUCGACUUCUCGCCAACCGGUGAAGAACUAGUCACUGGCUCAUACGAUCGUACACUUCGAAUUUUCCGAGCGCGCGAGGGUCGUAGUCGCGAUGUAUACCACACCAAACGGAUGCAACGUAUAUUCUGUGUAAAGUAUAGUAUGGAUGCGAAAUUCUUGCUUUCUGGUUCGGAUGAUGGAAAUGUACGGCUUUGGAAGGUUCAUGCAUCGGAGAAGUUAGGCGCGAAGGAUUAUCGUGAACGCGCGUUCCUAGAGUAUUCCGAAAAACUUAAAGCUCGAUUUAAAAAUCUACCGGAGGUUAGACGAAUUUCAAGACACCGCAACAUCCCGACGGAAAUCAAGAACGCGCAGAAAAAGAAACAAAUCAUGCUUGACGCACAGAAAAGAAAAGAGGAAAAUGUUCGAAAGCAUUCGAAGAAGGGUGCUGUGCCCUAUGUUCCCGAACGAAAGAAAAAUAUUGUUGGGAUUACUAAAUAA